GCACCUGGGCGGUGACGGGCAGCACCGACAGCCAAUGAGAGAGAGCUGCGGGACCGAUGGGAGCGAUGUGGGGCGGAGCGGGGCGGAAAUCCCCACCGUCCCCAUUGCGGCCGCGGCACUUUGCAGGAUGAGGGGCAAGGAUGAGGAGUACGACUUCCUCUUCAAGGUGGUGCUCAUCGGGGACUCCGGAGUGGGGAAGAGCAACCUGCUGUCACGCUUCACACGCAAUGAGUUCAACCUGGAGAGCAAGAGCACCAUCGGGGUGGAGUUUGCUACCAGGAGCAUCCAAGUGGAUGGGAAGACGAUAAAGGCACAGAUCUGGGAUACUGCAGGGCAGGAGCGAUACCGUGCCAUUACUUCAGCGUAUUACCGCGGGGCGGUGGGAGCGCUGCUGGUCUACGACAUCGCCAAGUAUCUGACGUAUGAGAACAUCGAGCGCUGGCUGAAGGAGCUGAGGGAUCACGCAGACAACAACAUCGUCAUCAUGCUGGUGGGCAAUAAGAGCGACCUGCGCCACCUGAGGGCUGUGCCCACUGAUGAGGCCCGGAGCUUCGCAGAGAAGAACGGGCUCUCCUUCCUCGAGACGUCGGCUCUGGACUCCACCAACGUGGAGACGGCAUUCCACAACAUCCUCUCUGAGAUCUAUCGCAGCGCGGCACAGCGGCAGAUCGCGGCGCAGCCCGAGGCGCAGUUCGGCCCCAGCAGCGCCGUGGAGCCCAUCCGGGUGCUGCCCACGCAGGACGGCCGCCAGGCGCAGUGCUGUCAGAGCAUCUGAGCCUCUGCCGGGGGCAGCGCCUUCCUCACCUGCGGGACACGGCUGUGUCCACCUUCUGCCCAUGUUUAUGUGGGACCUACAGCGAGGGAAGGGAGAAGAGUCCCUAUUUUCUAUCCAUACUCAUGUAGGAGCUACACAAAAGGAAAGGGAGGAACAUCCCUGUGUUAUCCCUGUCUUUAUGCAGGACCUACACAAAAGGAGGGGAGGAGCAUCCCCACUUUGUCCCUGUCUUUAUGUAGGACCUACAGCAACGGAAGGGAAAAGCAUCCCUACUUUGUACCCAUAUUUAUGUAGGACCUACUGGUUCCUGCUGGUCGUUAAGGUCCCGGAGGCUCCUCCUGCUGGUCGGUGGCUCUGGAGGCUCUUUCUGGUCACUGCGGUCCUCGGGGCACCAUGUCAGCCCUGUGCCCACAUGGGAGCAUGAGGAGGAGGAGGAGGGUGGGAGGAAGAGCAGCGCAGCUGUGGCACCCAGGGCAAAAAGCAGCCAGAACCCCCCAAAAAACAGACAGACAGACGAGAGCAGACACCCGCUUUCUUAAGUAAUAAUACUUUAAUAAAAUUAAGUUCUUAAUGUAAUUUUAGCACAUUUAAUACAUUAACCCUUUCCCUUCUUUGUUUUCUACAAGUUGUGCAACAUCAUUAUUUUAAUUCUUUUUAAUUAUUAUUAUUUUUUUUCCUUCUCCCCUUAUACUAUAUGCCUCAAAACUCAGACAACGAGCCUACCUCUACUUCUAGCUUCGGUUAUACCUCUCUCAGGCCUUUAUUUUGCGUAACGCCGGAGAGAUGGGAAUACCUGGAUGGAACGCCAUCGGUUUCCAACAGUAACAAUCCCGACUACAGGCUUCCUAUGACAUUAAAAGAAAUGGUAAAUAAAAAAUAAAAUAAAACAAGGAAAACGCAACCUAAGGUAACGAGGAAUGGGUUGUAAGCAGAGGGGCAGCACCAUGGGGCAGGAGGGCGCACGGAGCUGCCGGAGAGCGGAUGCACAACGCAUGGGGUGGGCUCUGACCCUUCCGUGGUUGGGUGGUUGGGUUCAUUUCCCCCUUUUUUAAUGAUUCUUGAGCAGAAUUCGUAAGGAAGGAGGAAAAAGGAAAGAGGGCAGCACAGGAGGUGACACAGGACAGUGGCCCAGAAGCACUGCCACAGAGUGGGCUGCAUUCUGCCAUUGGCCGCCCAAAGGCCCGGUGCCUCCACUGGAGCGAUUUCCUUUCUUCCCCCCCGCCCAGCAGGAUGAUCCCAGGUCUCCCAUCAGUGUCACUCUCCUGGGGGUGACCCUCACUGUGCACUGCAGCUGCUGUAGGAUGCGACCCCCCCAAUCUGUACCCAAAUACCCAUAAAGUGCAUCCGCCCUCCGGCCCGGCACCGCUGCCCAAUGUCAAGCACUGACUUUUCUUCAAGUAUCAACCCCCCCCCCCAAAAAAAAAAUAACCAAAAAAACCCAAAA